CGUCGCGCUGGAGAGGAUGUGACAUCAGGCACAUCUCUCGCUCGGCUGGGUCGCUGGCUGCCGAGCGGGGGCAGCCCGGGAGCUGUUGUGGUAAAUCCCAGCCCAGGUGCUCGGGUUUCUGCCCAGGGAGCUGCCGGCAGCACGUCCCGGCCGCCGCCAGGGCUGCUCGGCUCAUGCGGGCACGGUCUGCGCCAGGGAUCGCUCCGGCCGCUCGGGGCUCGCCGGGAACGAUGGAAUUUGAACUCUGGAAACCGACCACAAAGUGAAACAACAGCGGCUGGGCAGACAGGGCUGAGAUGGACGAUGAGAGAACAAAUCAAAAUGCCAGCAAACUGCACGGAGCUGGAGAACAGGCAUGUGCAGCGGCGCCGGGUACCCCGCGGAUGAGGGACUUUGUUUCAGACUGGUCUCCUUUACAUGAGGCCUCUAUCCAUGGGCGUCUGCUUUCCCUGAAGAAGCUCAUUGAACAGGGGAAUGAUGUCAAUGUUCUUACAGCAGACCAGGUGUCUCCUCUCCAUGAAGCCUGCCUAGGGGGUCAUGCUGCCUGUGCCAGUGUCCUGUUAAAACAUGGUGCUCAGGUGAAUGGAGUGACUGUUGACUGGCACACACCACUGUUCAACACCUGUAUCAGUGGCAGUGUGGCUUGCUUGAAUUUACUGCUGGAGCAUGGAGCCAGUCUACAACCACCCUGUGACCUGGCAUCCCCCAUCCACGAAGCUGCUAAGAGAGGUCAUGUGCAGUGUGUCGAACUCCUUGCGUCCCAUGGGGUAAAUAUAGAUCACAACAUCAAGCACCUGGGUACUCCACUUUAUGUAGCAUGUGAGAACCAGCAACUCAACUGUGCCAAGAAGCUGCUUGAGUCAGGAGCAAACGUGAACAGCGGCAAGGGCCUGGACUCCCCUCUGCACACGGCUGCCAGGAAUUGCAGCGUGGAGCUGGUGAAGCUGCUGAUGGACUUUGGAGCAGACCUUUGGCUGAAGAAUGCUGAAAACAAGAGGCCAGUGGAGCUGGUCCCACCUGGCUGCCCUGUGGGCCGACUGUUCCUGCAGAGAGAAGGGCCACUGUCCUUGAUGCAGCUGUGCCGCCUGUGCAUCAGGAGGUGCUUUGGACACCAGCAGCAUCAAAAAAUAACUGGACUUCUCCUCCCAGAUGAGCUGAAACAUUUCCUUCUCCACAUUUGAGCCUUUUCAUGUUCAAAACGGUGCCUUUAAUAACACAGCAAGAGAUGGGUCCUGCUGCCCCAAACCGAAGUGCAGUUGUGACCACUGCUCCCUUGGGUGCUCCCCUGGGGAUACCAGCUGCCUGAUGGAUGUAUCAGGGAGCAAGAGGAGCUGAGACUCCAGCUCCUCUUCCCAUUGCCCUGUUUCCUUUUGAGCUCUAAACCAAAGUGCAUCUGCAUCACCUGGGAGCAGCAGCAUGCCCAGCACCCUGAGGGGCUUCCAUGUCACCCCUGAGCUCAAGGGACAGCCACACACUUUGGUGCUUCUGGAGAUCCUUUCUCACUUUGCUGUGGAGACUCUGUAAGAGUGUGCUGGGAGUGCAGAAACUGCUGACAUCACUAACAGCAGCAAUGAGAGAUACAGAGCCCUCAGCUCAGAAGAGACUGGCAGCCUUCAAAUACAUGAAAGCUGAUCUUGGUGUUCACCAGUGUGCCAGUGUGAGCAGUGCCAGCCUGCCUUGUGCAAGGGGAAGGUUAGAGAGGAGAGGUCAAAUGCUGCCUGGAUGCUGGUAUUUGAUGUAAAUCACAAUUCAAAUCCUUGUCUGCCCAGCAUGACUGCUUGCUAUAGGUAUCCAGUGUGAUGGUUUGACUCUUUUGUGCUGACACAUCACAGUUCUCUUGGGUUUGUGGGAUACUAAAUUGUACCCUAAUGGGACAAAAUGACAAACACAGUUAGGUCUCUAACUCCUCUGGUGAUAGAGACACUUAGGGAAUGUGUCACUUAUCUGACUCAAUUCAUCAGACGUAUUUGAGCCAUGUAACAAUCAACUGGCUGGUUUAAGAUGGCCUUCUAUAUUGUUUUCCUCAUGCCCAGGAAGAAAAGUAGACAUCUGUCUUUACAGAGGUUAACUAAAAGCAGGUAUCUGGGAUGGGGAAGGUGUAUUCUUCUAAAAUCACUGUCUUAGUUAAGCUGAAUCUGCAUUGAACAGUCAAGGCAGGGAACCUAGUGCUUAACUUUUGGACAUUAAAAUGUGCUUUGGUGACCCAGUGGAAAGCUGGAUAUCCAUCUCAUUGUAUUCUAGAUGAUGAAAAACAUUUGUGUACGUACUAAUUUUACUUUUGCCUUUAUUUUGUAACUUCAGCCAAUGGGUUUAUAGGAGUAAUUAUAAUACCAGGAGAAAAUUGCUCUGAGAACCAGGUGAAGGUGUUGCUUCUAGUUUGCUUUUCUUAUGAAAAUUUCAUGGUAUGACUCUGUUUACUUGAAUUUCUCUGCCAGGUGGAAUUAGGAUGAAUUCUGUAUGCUCAGCUUGUAUCAUCUCAGUGUGUUUACUUAUUUAUUUUCAUAAAAAUUGUGGUCAACACUGGUGAAUUACAGCUUUAUGCAUCAACACUUACCAGUUAUAAACUGUAAAAGUACAAGAUGCAAACUGAAUAAGCUCUCUGUAGGUGAGGUUUGGAUUUUUUUUCUAUAUUUGAAACUAUUAAAAAUGUAAUGCAGGAUUUAAAUGAUUGUCAGGAAUAUAUUUAAUCACAUUCUUUCUUAUUUUUAUGUAAACAGUUUAAUGGUAGUUAAGUCACGCAAUUUUGUAGGAUAUUCUCUCAGAAAUAAAU